AUGAAAUUUGAGAAGAAUCAAGGAAAAGUAACACUCCUUGCAAUUGGAUUUUUAUUUUUGUUCAUUGCUUUUAAUUCAGCAGAUAAUUUGGCCGCCAAGAUAAUGAAAGAGGAUGGCUUCGAUAAUAUGGGUUUCUACAGUAUGUCGCUGCUUUAUCUUGCUUUUGCUUUUGGAUCAUUUUUCUCUACUGCUAUUGUGAACAAAAUAGGUGUGAAAUUUUCAUUGUUUAUCGGUGGAUUGUGCUACUUUUUCAGGAUAUUUUGCUUCCUAUUCCCUGCUUACUAUAAUGAGAAUAAAGAGUAUAGAGAAUAAUAUCUGUAUUUAAAAACUGGAUUCAUAGAUUCAAUGAUAUUGGUGAGCGCAAUGAUUAAUGGUCUUGGGAGUGGCAUACUCUGGACAUCUUAGGGUAAAUAUGUCUCAUCAUGCGCUACUGAUGAAAAUAAAGGAUUCUUUUUCAGCUACUUUUUCUUUAUAUUCAUGAUAUCUUAGAUUCUUGGAAAUCUCAUAGCUGCUUUUGUAAUCAGAGCAAAUGGACAGCCAACUUAUUACAUUAUUAUGUCUAGUUUAUCUUUUUUUGGCUCUCUAGUCUUCUUAUUUCUUACAUAACCAAGUGAAGAAAGCAAAGUAUCCAAAAUAUUAAAAGACUCAGAGAUUAUUGUUGACAACAAAAAAUUGGAUUCAAUUGUUGAAAAAUAAGAGUUGAAUCAGAAUUUGAUAAACACUUUAGAAAGAUAAACUCUAGGAAUAGUUGAAAUUGCUGAUUUGUAGAAAGAUCCCUAUAAACCUAAAAAAGAUUAAGUCAAAGUAAGAGGGAAGUUCAAACAAGAUUUGAUUGAUGUCUUUUAGAUGCUAGUUUCCAAGAAAAUGAGGAAGAUAAUACCAUUAAUAAUCUGGAGUGCACUUAGUUUAGCUACUUUUGCUGGGAGUUUCGUAACUAUGAUGACUGCUACAAUGAAAGAAUACGAUUGGUCAGAGAAUGAGCAACUAGAGAUGUCGCUAUUAGCAAUGAUUCCACUAGGCCUAGGUGAAAUGUCUGGGAGUGUGAUAAUAGGUAAGAUAAUGGAUAAAUACGGCUAGAAAAUAGCAAUUAUCACCUGCUCUAUAAAGCUUUCAAUCUCUAUUUUGUUAAUACUAGCCUAUAUUGCUUACUUUAAGUAUUCAGUGCUAACCUUUUUUGUGACAUUUUUCUGGGGAUUCUAAGAUAGUAAUUUAAAUAACAUUCUAAAUUGCAUACUUGGAUUUGAAUUUGAGUCCAAUACUGUUCCAUUCAGUGUUUAUUCUCUAGUUUAGGCAAUAUUUGUAUUCAUAUUUAUGAUAGUGUAAUCACUUAUUCUAACUAGGACAGAUUACUUUAUCUAUUUCUCAGUUUGCUAUGCUUAUGGGAUAGUUUCCCUAUUCAUUUUGUAUACAUUUGAUUUUAAGAAAAAGAAAAAUGAUUAAGAAAAAAUAUAGUUGUCUGAGGAUUAAGGAUUACUAGAAGAGGAGACAAAAGAGGGAGUUAAGAUUUUAAAUGAAGAUUUGAUAGAGAACAAAAUAUUAAAUUAUUGA